GCAACAUUUUCUCAAAUGGCUUCAAGAAACAUCAAAGUCACUUACUGGCGAACUCCUCCAGAAUCGGGCAUACAUACUGAACGAUGAGCAGUGCCAGACAAUCAGAGCUGAGAAAACCAGCCAGGAGAAGAUGCGGAAGCUGUACGAGCUGGUGCCAAGCUGGGACAAAUGGCAGAAGAACCGGCUCUACCAGGCACUGAUGGAAACAAACAGAGACCUGGUUAAACAACUGGAGGAGGAACACUUCGUUGACCGGCACCGAGAGAAGCUGAUCCAGCGAGUCUCAGAAGUGGACAGAGUCCUGAAGCUACUUUGGGGGCACAUGCUAACCCCUGAGCAAUACCAGAGCAUCAGCACUGGGAGAUCCAAUGUGGAGAAAAUGCAGAAGCUGUAUGAGCUAGUGCCGAGCUGGCGGAGGGAUCAAAAGGACUGGCUCUACCGGGUACUGUGGAUAACAAACAGAGCCCUUGCUGAUGAGUGUGCAGAGGGUGGUCUGGGAAAGUGCAGCCUGGCUCCCGGUUGUCCAGAAAUUCAGCCCCCCUCCACCUUGAGGCACAGACUGUCCGGGAGCUCCCCCUGAGGCAGGGCAGCUUUACCCCAACUCCAGUUCAUAGCUCUGGCUCAACAACACGAAGACCAAGCUGAAGGAGCCUGGCACCCAAACCCCAUGUUUCAGUGAGGUGUU